CCUUCUCCACACCAUGGAAACCCCACCCACCUGAAGCCAAGAUGUCCAGUAAGCGAGCCAAGGCCAAGAUCACCACGAAGCAGCCACAGCGGGCCACAUCCAAUGUCUUUGCAAUGUUUGACCAGUCCCAGGUUCAGGAGUUUAAGGAGGCCUGCAACAUGAUCGCCCAGAACCAAGAUGGCUUCAUUGACAAGGAGGACUUGCAUGACAUGCUGGCUGCCCUGGGAAAGAGCCCCACAGAUGAGUACUUGGAGGGCAUGCUGAGCGAGGUCCCUGGGCCCGUCACCUUCACCAUGUUCCUGAUGGCGUUUGGGGAGAAGCUGAAUGGCACAGACCCCGAGGACGUGACCCACAAGGCCUUUGCCUGCUUCGGCGAAGAGGCCUCAGGUUUUACCCAUGAGCUGCUCACCACCAUGGGUGACCGCUUCACAGACGAGGAAGUGGACGAGAUGUACCGUGAGGCACCCAUUGACAAGAAAGGCAACUUCAACUACCUGGAGUUCACCCGCAUCCUCAAACACGGUGCCAAGGACAAAGACCACUAGGCCUCCCAAGGCCCCAUGCCCAGCCCCUGUCCCAGUCACCUGCUCCACACACAUACACAGUCUGCACCUGCUCAUGCCCAUGGGUCCCAAUCAGGGGAGUCUCCCUCUGAGGGGUUAGGGCCCAGCCCCCAGUGGAGGAAACAGGCCCAGAGAGAGCAGUGCCAGGCAAGGAUCACACAGCCA